AUGGCGAGGAGUAUUCCGCUGAGAGGGUUUGAUCAGGGUCGUCCAGCGUUAACCCCAACAGCGAUUGCUGCUGGGAAGCUCUUGGCUAGUCGGCUGUUCUCUGGCUCUGCAGAACUGAUGGAUUAUGACAGUGAGAGUAACGUCCCAACUACUGUUUUCAUUCAUUUGGAAUAUCGCUGCGUUGGGAUAUCCGAUGAGUAGGCAAAAGGGCGCUAUGGAGAUGAUAACAUUGAGAUGACUUUCCAUGCAUUUUAUAAACCUCUAGACUUUACAGUAACUGAGGAUGCCUCUCAGUGCUAUAUAAACAUAAUUUGCCUCAGGAAACAGGAUCAGUGGAUUCUGUGUCUACACUUUACAGGACCAAAUGCUGGACAAGUAAUCCAAGGAAUUGCUCUGGCAAUUAAAUGUGGAGCUACCUACCCCCAGUUAAUGUGCACAGUGGGUAUUCACACAACCAAACUGCACAUCACCAAGCGUUCUGGAGUAGACCCCACAGUCACUGGAUGCAGAGUUUAAGUGCCUUCCCAGAAUUCAAAAACCACCACCUGUCUGUGGGCAAGAGAAUAAUGCUCAAUAAUAGGAAGUUUUACUGCCCUAGUGUUUUUUUUUUCCCUUCUGGCAGGCUACUGAGAAUUCAUUCUAUUAUGAUUUUGGAGAUAUUCUGCCAGGAGCAAACAAUUCUCAAGCACUGCACAUUUCCAAGCAAACUCAAAAGCAUUCAUGACAUCUCUGAUGUUAAAUGGAGUGGAAAGGAGUUGAUAAGGGAGAGAAGCACUCAUGUCAAACUUAUACUACAAGUAUCCAGGAGGUGGAAGUACAGACCAGCAGAUGUGAAGGCCACAGGUAAGAAUAGGAGGAAUGCCAUUGAGCAUUUUGCUUGCUGCUUGCCUUGGGGAUAUUCCAAAGAACUGAUGAAUUCCAAAGGAUAACUUAUUUAUAUAUGUGGUUCAUUUAUCAUCAAAGAGCAUGGAGGAAGAAUGCAUCUUUCUUGCAGAAUGUGUAACUGACAUACCACACUGCCACAUGCUAUGGUUACAUUGUAGAUCUCAGCAUUAGGAACUCAUUCUUCUGUCCAUACUGACUGUCAGGCCGUCCCUGCAAGAACCUUCCAACCUCUGUCUCUCUGUUUGUUUUCCUAACUUGCAUAAAAUGUGCACAAAUGUAUCUGAUUUUAUCUGCAUCUGUCAGGUUAUUUUCACCUCCUGCGCACAUGUUGAAAGCCCUACAGCAUUCUACUUUACCAUCUCUCAUCUGAUGUCAACACAACACAUUUAAUAUUCCUUGUCCCCUGCUGGGUGUACGCAGGCCUCAAAAAAUCAUUGACCUCUUCAGGAAACCACCCGUUGAGUCUGUGAUUCUUGCAUUUAGUCGGAACAGCGGUAUUUUAACUCAUUUAGCAAAUUACUUUUGUCUUGGCUAAAGUAGAAAAUUGUGCAUUUGCAGAUUCAGAGGGAGGCGUUGUGCUUUAUCCUUAGAAGGUGUCUGGUUGCAUGAAACGUUUUUGUUUUUAUGUGGUUGAGUUCUACACAGAACUGUUUUUAGUGGAGAGGUUAGCAAGGGUGUCUGCCCAAUGUCCUGCAUACUGUGGAUCCCUGCAGAGCAGUAAUGGUGUCAUCAGCCCAUGCAAAUGUACAUGUUGGUUGUACAGAGAAGACAGCAAUAACUUUAUUAUGGGAAUCGC